CAGCAUUUCCAUCUGCAAGACAAAGAUGAAUCUGCAGUUUACUUGGGAAGCCAAGGCCAUUUUCUCUUUCUAGCAUCUGGAAACAUCUACUGUCUGUUGAUAGAGGCAGAAUCCCAAACUCUCUUCAGGAAUCGACUUCCCCUUAGCUCCCAGUAUCAGGAGCAUCCCAACUAUCUGCUGUUGCUGCCCUCUGCUGCUGCCACUGAGAAUUGCACAGAGCAGAGUUUCUACUGCCGGAAAACGGGCCAAGUACAACUUCUUGAGGAGGGAGCUACCAAUAUGUACUUUGCUCAGGAUUUUACUAGAAUGAAGCAUGACCGAGGACCCUCAGAGAAACUUCCGUUCCGUAUAUUAUGAGAAAGUGGGCUUUCGUGGAGUUGAAGAAAAGAAGUCACUAGAAAUUCUCCUAAAAGAUGAUUGUCUGGAUAUUGAGAAACUUUGUACUUUUAGUCAGAGGUUCCCUCUUCCGUCCAUGUACCGUGCAUUGGUGUGGAAGGUGCUUCUGGGGAUCCUCCCUCCACACCAUGAGUCCCACACCCAGGUGAUGACGUAUCGCAAGGAACAGUACUCCGAUAUCCUUCAUGCCCUGCAAGUGGUUCGCUUCGUCAGUGACGCCACCCCUCAGGUCGAAGUCUAUCUCCGUAUGCAUCAGUUGGAGUCUGGGAGGUUGCCUCGGAGUCCCUCUUUUCCACUGGAGCCAGAAGAUGAAGUGUUUCUUGCUGUCGCCAAAGCCACAGAAGAGAUGGUGGAGGGUUGCAUCGACUGUUACUGGAUCGUCCGAUGCUUUGUGAACCAGUUAGAGACCAAGUACCGGGAUUCCCUGCCCCAGCUGCCAAAGGCUUUUGAACAGUACUUGAAUCUGGAAGACAGCAGACUGCUGAAUCAUCUGAAGAUGUGUUCCGUGAUGUCCAGACUUCCCUAUGAUCUCUGGUUCAAGAGGUGCUUUGCAGGCUGCUUGCCUGAAUCCAGUCUACAGAGAGUUUGGGAUAAAGUCGUAAGCGGAUCCUGUAAGAUCCUAGUUUUCGUAGCUGUGGAAAUUUUAUUAACCUUUAAAAUAAAAGUAAUGGCACUCAACAGUGCCGAGAAGAUCACAAAGUUUCUGGAAAAUAUUCCCCAGGACAGCUCGGAUGCAAUUGUGAGUAAGGCCAUCGACUUAUGGCACAAACACUGUGGGACCCCGGUGCAUUCAGCCUGAACGCUCCUGAUACUUGGGGACCAUCUUCCAGGCCUGCCUUGAGCAUUUUGUUUUGGGGACGUGGUCUACAAAACUGGGUGGAAAUCAUGUUCUUGCUCUGGUGCUCAAAGUGUAACUUUUUUCCCAGUAAAAUUAUUUAACUAAGA